AAUCUGAAAAGGUUACAGAAAUUCUGAAUUCAACAAAUUCAGAUAAUGUUAGUUUAAACCAAUCAAACAUGUCAGAAUCUGAUCAUAAACCAUCAAAACGUAUUAAAACAAAGAAAGUAAGUGAAAUCGCUAAAGAUCUAUUAGGAGUUGAUGAAUUAGAAUUUGCAAAUAUUAGUUAUAAAAAAGAUGACUCGCAAGCAGAUCAGAGUUUGUCUGAUAAAUCUUACGAAGAUGAAAAAACUGAAGAUAAGAAUAAGGGAUACAAUACACGUAAUACAAGAAAGGCAUGUAGUACUAAACAUGAUGUGCAUAUCGUAAGUGAUAAUGAUAACGGUGAGGAAGAUAAUAGUAAAGAUUAA